AAAACCCUAUCCCGGCAUGCCUCGCGGCACAGUAGCGAGUCGUUCUUCUCGGAUUUGAAGACCAAAAUGGGAGCGAGUAUUUUACGGCAAUGAAUUCGGCUUUUUUCCUCUUCCUUCUCAAUCUUUCCCUUAUAACUGGAUACGAGUAUGACAGAGGUAGUGUGCAGUGUUCGGUAAAAUCAUGCUUGCUGGCUAACAGGAGGCCGUGUGAAUAUGGCCAAAACUUCUGCGGUCCCUGCCUCAAUGGAUAUUCUCAAGAUGGCAACGAAUGUAUCAAAACUACACCAUUAAAUGAGGAAUUGGAAGUAAGCCCAGGCGCAGAAGAUGGCAGCGAAAUCUCCACCAUUUUCGACCAUUCGUCAACCUUAGAGCCCCUUAUUUCAGAGACCGUGCCAUACUCCCCCACUGAUGAUUUUAAUACCCCUACAUCUGCUCCUGCAACAGGGGUAGAUGAACAAGAAAAUUCCCAAGAAUCAAACCAGAAAUCAAACCAAAAUAAUGCUAAAUCAGAUGGGAAAGGCAAGGAAGACACGCACACUUCCCACCCAUCAAAAAAUAAUAAUAUAAAAAAGUUGAAGAAUGGAGCAAAAUCCACUGCCAAGGAUGAAAGCCUGAAAAGAUUGAAACCAAAGAAAGAUCAAGUUCUAGAGGCAAAACGAAAGGAAGAUUCAGAGAAAAAGAGAGAUGAAGUGAAAUUGAAUAAAUUUCUUGCAGAACGGGAGGAGAAUGGAAAUGUGGAUGGAAGUCUGGAAUCAGAGAGUGGGGAGACAAAUUUACAAGUGAAUUCCUCAGCCAUCCCUCCUCCUUUCAUUCUUAAGAAGAAAGUGGGCAAGGUAGACCGCUCUGAGCUGGACGACAUCUAUUUCUUAUUUAUUGUGAUUGGUUGUAGUGUAGCAGGCAUCGCAGGGCUCGCACUGGCUGGAUACUGUUGGUACAAACUUCACACUACGGCAAAGGCUGUCAGUGAGACAGAGUACACAGGCUAUGGACUAAAGGGAUCUACAAAGCACCCGCCACCAACACAGGGUGACCAGAAGUUAGACUACAGUGCGGAGAUGUACCAUUAUCAACAGACCAAGAGCCAGCUAGCAGCUAUGGAGAAGGCGGGGACAGUUACACCCAAAGGUGGAGCGCUGGAUGAUGACGAUGAUGAGAAUAGCGAUGAGGGUGAUGAAGGGGACUACACCGUCUAUGAGUGUCCAGGUCUAGCGCCGACUGGAGACAUGACGGUCGUCAACCCAAUGUUCAGUGAUCAAGAAGCUGUAGGGAGUGACCAAGAUGCAAAUGGUGAUCGGAGUGGGCAUAGUUCACCUGUAGCCCCCCGGCAUGCAAGUAAACCGCCUUAACAAGUCCACAGGGCAGAAUUAAUUAUAAUAUGAAUCAAUCAGAAUGUUAUUUUAUCAGUUAGCAUGCCAACGUUGAUGUAAAGUUAAUGCUUGUAAUUUGUUUAUCAGUAUUUUAUAUUGUUCGGUUCGUGUUCAGGGGUGACUAAAUUAUCAGUAAACAUUAAUGGAAAUUCUAUUUUACCUUGUAUCAAAUAUUACAUUACUUCGGGGCUGGAUUUCUGUAUUUUACAGUCCUAGGGAAAACAAAGAGCUUUUGGGAGCCAAAUCUUCUUUUGGGCAUUUCUGGGAAACAUCCAAAUCUUAUUUUUGCAAUGUUUGAGCAAGACUGAUAAAUUUCACCAAAGUAUAGAUAUAAAUUCAGCUACUACAUACAAAUAAUUAUAAAUUAGAAAUGGAUUUAGAUUGGGAUAUUUUUUUUAUAUAAAAAGCAUGGAGAUAGAUAGAGUAGUUAAUUUGAAUGUUUGGCAAGAAUCUGGGGAAUUUCUAAUAAGAGCAGUGGGUUAUUUUGUAUGGGAAUAUAUUAGACUUAGUCUUUCUUUCUUUCUGAAACUGUUUUGUUCUACCAUUGCAUUUUGUUUGAGAUACAUAUAAAGAUUUUGUCUUUCUUAGAACCAUGUUCAUCUUUACACCCUAUGUUUUGCCACAUUUGCCGCAAAGUGUUGUUUUUCAGUUGUUGCUCCUCCUUUAGUUUAUGUGUAGUCUACAAAGGCAAGACCUCGUUAUGCUAUCUAGACCAAGCUUGCUUGAGUCUUCAAACAAAGCUUUGACCUCAACAACAUCUGUUUAGUAACCUUGUUUUAAGCAAAAUGUGUGUUAAUUGUUAUUGCUUAGGAUUAUAGCUGAAAGGCUAUGACCGGUCAAGAAAGGCAGGUCAUCUUGAAAUAGUAGUAUUUGUGCCUUGGCAUCUUUGUCCUUUUUAGUGAGGGUCCCUUCCUUUUUGCAAGUCAUAAAAGAUGUGUGGAAUAAAUCAAUCGUAAGUUUAUCUUCCCAUGGUUGUGGUGGUGGUCACCUUUUAGAGGUGACGUGAAGUAGUUUUGUACCCAUCAUCUGGCUAGGUGGUCACCUUUUAAAGGUGACGUGAAGUAGUUUUGUACCCAUCAUCUGGCUAGGUGGUCACCUUUUAAAGGUGACGUGAAGUAGUUUUGUACCCAUCAUCUGGCUAGGUGGUCAUCUUAUUCGGGUGACGUGAAGUAGUUUUGUACCCAUCAUCUGGCUAGGUGGUCAUCUUAUUCGGGUGACGUGAAGUAGUUUUGUACCCAUCACCUGGCUACGUGGUCAUCUUAUUCGGGUGACGUUAAGUACUUUUGUACUCAUCACCUGGCUAGGUGGUCAUCUUAUUCGGGUGACGUGAAGUAGUUUUGUACUCAUCACCUGGCUAGGUGGUCAUCUUACACAGGUGGUGUGUAUAUGUUUUAUAACCAUCGCUAAACUAGGUGGUCAUGUACUAGAGGUGCUACGAAGUUGUUGAGGUUAAAGCUAUUGUUACACUGUAAAUAGUCAUCAGUCAUUAUAGUUAUUCACCAUAAACGAUUUAAUUACAGGGGAGAGUAAUAAUGAAUUAAUUCCAAGAUUAUAAUAUUACACAAUUUUAGUGUAGCACAAAUUCAACGUGUGUUGUUACCGAUUUUGCCUACCGGUGAUUCAAGAGGCUAGCGGAGUUGAUUUUUGUCUGGGAUACCUGUGAUGACAAGCAUGUGUCGUGCACAGGUAACCUAAUCUUUUAAGUCGAUCCACUGAACUCCUGAGUCGCUCUGUAGGUCACGUGUUCGUCGUCAUACUUAAUCUAUCCGGGUCACGCGAGGGUAACGCUUCGUCACACUGGGUGAGCUGUUGAAAGUGGUCAGGGCUGGAUUGAUGCUGUCAGCUGCUAUUUUGUCAUCUUAGCAAAAUACUGAGAAAUAUGCGAAAGCAUCCAUUUCCAUCGCUUCAAUUUCGAUUGAAUUUGGUAACUGGGGUACAAAACAUUGAUUUUAGAUGCUUAUUUCGACACUUUUUAGCGUACAUUCUCUUCAAAUAUUGAAUAAAACAGUAACAAAGGUCUGGCUGAAUAGAACUCUUUAAGGUAUCAACUAUCUUAUGGAGUCAUAGCUUGCUUGCUAAGCAUGGUGUUACGGUAGUACAACGUUCCGCCAUAUUCGUGCAAACGUAUUCUAGGUAUUACGACCAAACAGCAGCAUGCAUGCUACGAUCCUCAAGGCUUGCAGCCUAUAUGUGUGUAUCCAUAGGUCUAUAAACAGUGUAUAUAAUCCUGUCUUAGGACAUCUCAUCAUCGCUGCAUCAAGUGCUAAGCGUACGGGGUGUCUAGAUCGUUAAUUGUUCUCUUUGUCAUUUGUGGGAGUUGUCACGUCUUAUCGCUGACAUGUUUGUUCCUUCAAAGAUUGGGUAAUCGUUCAGAAACUCUUAUAUAUUUAUUUUCCACUCCCUGGGGCUCUUUAGACAAUACCUAUACCUUCUCUUUGAAUUGAGAAUAGUGGUUUCCACAAUCCAAUGAAAUUAAAGGACAUGGUAAUAAUUAGAAUGUAGAAAAGGGAAUUAAAGAAAUGUAUUUCAGGAUUUUUUUUUCUGAAAACACUGCAUUUAUUCCGCAUCCUUUCUUACGAUUACCCGCUCUUGGAGGGAACAAGCAGACAUAUGGUAUAGGUCAUCGUGUAUCUUACUGUGGAAUAAAAGCGUUGUCUACGUCAA